AUGCCUUUCGAACACUCGCGGCUCGACACCUCUGAACGCCUCAUCACCCUGGUCGACAACUCCGGGGGUCGUCACCACUAUACGCCUGCGCAAUUCCGCGAAUACGUCAGCCACGAUCGCGCUCUCCGCGCCGGACGCGUCGCCGCUACUCAUGUCAUACUCCCGGGCGGGUACGACCUGUUCGCCCAACUCUGGGGCGCCGACGUGACCUGCCCCUACCAAUUCUCCUCACGCGACGCCUCCACAAACACCAUCACGGUGCGCGGCGCACCCGUCCCCACUGCUCUACUCAAUGAGCUCGAUCCGCCUCUCACUCCGGCUCCACCUUCUGCUCCGCCCGAGCCUCAAUUCUCGGAGCAGCGCAUGCGGACCAUCGAGCAUAUGCUCUGGGGCACUGCUGAGCGCGAGGCGCGCUUUUACGAGCGUCGCAGUAGCCAGCAGGAGAAACGCACCGACGAUCGCAGGCGCAAACGCGCCGAACAUCGCGUCUCCGACCGCACUCGCUCCGCUCCUUCUAAGGAGGUCCUCGCCCCUCCUAUCAUCAACACUUCCUCGGGUGGAAUUGCCGUGGCCUCAGGAUCGGGCGCGUCGGGCUCGGACCCCGCUGCCUUGGCUGCCCCUGUCGCAGGGGGCACUAGCUCCCUGGCCGUGGGUGGUGCUUCGCAGACGGUACCCAACAGGACGGCUUCCGCCGCAGGGCGUCGUGAAUCUUCUCCAAUGGAGGAGGACAAGGAUGCGGAGGGCGAGCCUGAUGAAUUUAUCGAAUACUCAGACCCGGAGGAGGCUGGUGGGGCUUCCCAACGCAGGUCCAUGAAGAAGUUCGAGGGCAAGCGGGCACAAAUGGGAUUCGCGUUUGGCCGGUGCAAACGCGUGCCGUACACAGUAGAUACAAUAAGGCUUAUAUACGUAGCUAAAUAG